AUGGCGCGGUCGCGAGUGGCUACGGCCACGGUAUCCGCAGAUCUCGCGAUAGUCAACCAGAACCGCCAAACGUUGCAAGGCCCGUCAUUAUUACAUGAAUUGAUCGCGAGCUCGCCGCUGGACCACGACAGAUUCAUACUUGAUUACCUAUCUUCAAAAGGUCAACGAAUUAAGCUCAACUAUGCCCAGUUCCACCGUUUGACAGAUACACUGGCCAAAGAGAUACUGACCCAGCUACCAUCUUGCGAAACUGGCGAUACGAUCAUCCCAGCCAUUAUACCACAGUGUCCAGAACUUUAUAUCGCUUGGACAUCGGUCUUGAAAGCUGGUGCAGGCUACUGUCCCGUCAGUCUGGAUGUACCAGCAGAGAGGCUUAAAUUUAUCGUCAAGGAUGUCCACGCACCAUGUGUUCUCACACUGUCCAGAAAUCUAGCUUCUGUUCAAGAUACUUUAGGUGACGUCAAGUGUAUCCCAGUAUCGCUGCAUGUUCUGGAGGAGAGGCUGAAUGUCUCCGGUGAAGCGCCACUAGAGAAAGAGCCCCUUCCUGUUGUUAACCCUGAUGGCCCAGCGUACGUGAUGUACACCUCGGGCUCGACGGGUUUACCGAAGGGUGUCAAAGUCUCACAUCUCUCCGUAUCGCAAUCUUUGCUUGCACAUGACGAACAUAUACCCCCUUUCAAACGAUUCUUUCAGUUCGCCUCACCCACUUUCGAUGUAUCCAUCUUUGAGAUAUUCUUCCCGUUCUUUCGGGGUGCCACUCUGGUCAGCUGUGAACGGGAACGAAUGCUCUCCGACCUUCCGGCGGCAUUGCGAGAACUCGAAGCAGAUGCCGCAGAGCUGACACCUACGGUGGCAGGCACGCUCCUACGGACUAGAGAGGCAGCUCCGUGCCUUCGAAUUCUUCUAACUAUCGGAGAGAUGCUGACACGGUCAGUUGUUUCUGAAUUUGGGGGAACCGCACAAAAGCCAAGUAUGCUUUAUGCCAUGUACGGGCCAACAGAGGCGGCUAUUCAUUGCACUCUAGCUCCUAGGCUGGAAGCGACUAGUUCAGUUCGGAGCAUUGGCAGACCCUUCUCAACUGUGACGACAUUCAUCUUGAAAGAGGCCGACGGGCUCGAAAUAGCGCGGAUAGGCGAACCUGGUGAGCUUGCCGUCUCUGGCCAACUGGCUGACGGUUAUCUCAACCGGCCCGAUCAGAAUUCUGCGGCAUUUGUGGAGCUUCCUGGCUACGGACCUGUCUACAAGACUGGAGAUCGAGCAAUAUGCCAACUUAACGGUGAUUUGGAAAUUCUUGGUCGCAUGUCAGCCGGCCAGGUCAAAAUAAGAGGUCAGAGAGUUGAGCUUGGAGAGAUCGAGGAAGUUGCAUCCAAGGCUCAAGGCGUUGAUGUUGCUGUAGCAAGCGUGAUCGACGACAUUCUCGUACUAUUUUGUGCAGGCGAGCAAACUAUUGACACCUCCAAUAUCUCUUCAGUCUGCAAGUCCUGGUUACCUUCCUACAUGCGGCCUGGCGAAGUCAUGGUUCUCCAAGCCGGGAUACCCCGCUUGCCUUCGGGAAAGAUUGAUCGAAAGAAGCUCGAAAGUGACUUCCGAGACUUGCGUACCUUUGCUGGUGAAGACGACGAUUUUAAAGACGAUUUUGAACACGAUGUUCUAAAAGUGCUCCGAAACGAGCUGCGAUGCCACUUACACCGGUCAUCCUCUCUAUGGUCUUUAGGGCUUGAUUCUUUACUAUCCAUAAAGGUCGCUUCAAUCCUCAGGGGGAAAUAUCCCGAUGUGUCUGCUGCCGUUGUCGCUGAGGCAGAGACUGUCGCUCAGCUUUCGGCGACGAUACAAUCAAGCGCGCCUCAAUCUGAAAAUGAACUGGAUGGCGUCCUGGACGAGGCCAUGAUUCGGUGGAAGAAGGUGAAAGAAACUCUGUACAAGAGCUCGACCCUUGCAAGUAUGCUCCAACACUGCGAGUCGAUCAUACCAUGUAGCUCAAUGCAGAUCGCAAUGCUAUUGGAAACAACCAACCAAGGCCACCUGAAUUUCAACGAGAUUUUGGUCAAACUGGCGUCUGGAGUGACAAUUGGAGAUCUUCGGCAAGGUCUCCAAUUACUAGCGAGACAAAACGAGAUAUUGCGAUCUGGAUUCAUUUCAACAGGCGACCAAGCGAUGCCGUUCGCCCAAAUUGUGUGGCAUGACUGGACGGAAUGUGACCUGAGUCUCCUCCGUCCGUUACAAUUGUGCAUUGUACCACAACGCAAGAAUGAAGCAAUUAUACGGAUACAUCAUGCUUUGUAUGACGGCUGGUCCUGGGAACUGAUCAUGGACGAUUUGAACUUGAUUCUGUCAAGGCAGCCAUUGCCAACGCGAACACAAUUUUCAAAACUGUACGAAAGUCAGCUUAGACAGAUGUCGAUAGAGCGAGCCAAAAGUACAAAAUACUGGCACACGACUCUAGAGGGAUUUGUCCAUUCUCCAUUCCCCAAUCUAUCAUCUGUACGACACGUUUCCAAUCAGGAGAGGAUCUCAGUUAUUUCCCAGAUCUCUAUCGGAACGCAGAAACUUUCGAACGUCUCGAGACUAGUACGCUGCAGCCGAGAGACCAUAUUGGAAUCUGCUUGGGCCUUUUUAUUGUCUUCUUAUACUGAUACCACCGAUCUCUCCAUUGGAGUCGUCUCGGCAGGUCGUCAUUUACCAAUGCGUGGAAUUGAAACCAUCAUUGGACCCUGUCUAGCAACGCUCCCUCUACGCAUAGAUUUUUCUACUCUCAGAACCGUCCACGAUUUGAUUGAUUUUGUUCAAAGACAGCGUAUACAAUACCUCAAAAAUGGGAGUCUCAGCCUUCUUGAUAUUCACCGGGCUGCUGGUAUCCAACCAGGGCAGCGCCUUUUCGACACUCUCUGUGUCUGGCAGGAAGAUUCGAUUUCGACCAAUAGAGACCGGUCAAAGGUGUCCACGAUAAAUUCGAAAGAUUCCUUGGACUACACUAUUAUUCUUGAGUUUGAGCCGCGAGAUAGCCAACUCCUGAUGAAGAUGACAUUCGAUUCAACCUUAAUUCCCGAGUCUCAUGCGGUACUAUUGGGCAGUCAGAUGGACUAUUUAGUAUCCAAGAUCACUGCUGAUUUCGAGAUGUCAUUAGACGAGCUGUGGCGAAACAGCGACGACAAGAUCAUGUCAGCGUCUAACACCGACUAUGAAGAGUUCAACGAAGAUUUCCAUCUUGUAUCAACGAUUGCAGGCCUUGCACAAACAGAUCCAGAGCGAACAGCUGUUGAGUUUGUACAAUAUUUUGAUCCAGACGAAUUGCGCAUCGAAAAGAAAUGUCUUACUUACGGAGAUCUUUACAUGCGGGCCUUGGGACUUGCUUCGACUCUGAGAAACAUCUACACGGUUCAGCAAGAUGAGCUGAUUUGUAUAUUCGCCUCGAAGUCAACCGAGCUAUAUAUUGGAAUCUUGGGUGUCAUUCUAGCAGGUGCUGCUUAUCUUUGUGUGGACGUUCGCACGCCGGUGGCAAGGUUAGGGCAAAUAUUGCAAGAGGCACAUACCAGAAUAAUUUUGACAGAUGGAUGCCAUGAUUCAGAAUUUCGGCCCGAGAGGGGGCAGAAGCUUCUUCGGAUAAGAGAUGCUAGUGAACAAGGAUCGCCCUCCUCAAUAUCGCAGAAGUCUCAAUUCUGCAUUCCAGAAAACCUUGCUUACGCAGUCUUUACAUCCGGGAGUACUGGAGUCCCUAAAGGAGUUCUUAUCACCCGCCGAAAUCUUCUGAGCAAUCUACGAGAUCUUUCGUCCAUAUACCCUUCCAAACCUGGGCAAGAUAGGCUGCUACAGGCGUGCUCCCCCGCCUUUGAUGUAUCUGUGUUUGAAAUAUUUUGGACAUGGCACAGGGGAAUGACUUUAUGUACAGCACCAAACGAUAUUCUGUUCAAAGAUAUUGAAGCCCUUAUCCAUGAGCUCCAGAUAACUCAUCUCAGCCUCACACCUUCCGUUGCAGCCCUGAUAAACCCCCAAAACGUUCCGCUCGUAAAGAUGCUGGUAACUGCGGGGGAGCCCAUGAAUUCAAAGGUGUUCUCAGACUGGGCUGGCAAAGGCCUCUAUCAGGGCUAUGGGCCUAGUGAAACAACAAAUAUAUGCAAUGUCCGGCCAGCGGUUCUUCAGCAGGACGUGCAGAACAAUGUCGGCCCGGCCUUAGCAAAUGCGUCCAUAUUUGUUUGUGAGAGACAGGACACUGCUUCGAGAACCAAUGAGAAUACUCUACAACUUUCUGUGGAACGCUUUCGACUCCUUCCAACGGGCGCAAUAGGGGAAAUUUGGGUGGGAGGAGAACAGGUUGGCCGAGGCUACAUUGACCAUGAACUGACUGCAAGGAGUUUUCUCAGCCAUCCAAGGUAUGGCCGCCUUUAUCGCUCCGGAGAUAUCGGUCGCCUUCUGGUCGACGAUACUCUCGUCAUUGCUGGUCGAGAAGACGACCAGGUAAAGCUCAGAGGUCAGCGCUUAGAGUUAGGCGAGAUCAAUUCGUCUCUUCUAAGCUGCGAAUUCGUCAAUGACGCGGUGUCAAUGAUUAUCAAAGGAGCAAGUGGAAAUGAUCGCCUGAUAUCAUUCUGGUCCACGCAAACACACCCAUCAUUUUCAAAUAAGGAUGUAAUUAUCAAGACUCAUGCUCUUUUUGAACUCCUGGGCUGCAGUCUGCCAACAUAUAUGGUUCCUGACACCCUCAUAUAUCUUGAGCGUAUCCCUUUGACGAGACAGGGCAAAACCGACCGCCGAGCUUUGGCUGAUGUGUAUCAUACGCUUGACCCAGAACACCUCCAGCAGAUUUCUAGGGAAUCCAAAGUCCUAGAAGGUGCAAAUCCGCUUUCAGGAUUUGAGAAGAAACUCGCAAACGUGGUGUGCGAGACCCUGCAGAUUGCUCUUGACAACAUAGGGCGUAACAGCUCGUUCUUUGCCCUUGGUCUGGACUCAAUAAGUGCCAUUCACCUGAUGCAGUCUCUCAAGAAGGCUGGACUUCUACAUACCGAUGUCUCUACCAUAUUACGCAACCCCUCUAUCGGCCAAUUGACUUUGGCCACUGACAAUACUAGGUCACAGCAGCCAAACCUUAGUAGCCAUCGACCUUUUGAUUAUUUUUUGGCCGAUGAGUGGAAGGCUAAGAUCACGGCGCAGUACGCACAGUUCGGGCUCGAGAUCGAGUCUCUCCUACCUUGCACUCCAUUGCAAGAAUUCAUGGCAAUUAAAUCAACCAAUUCUGUCGCAGAAGCGUACGAGAAUAUUCUUGUUUUCAGGGUAAAUGGAGACUUAUGCAGGGUGAAAGCUGCUUGGGAUACGGCUAUGAGGAGGCAUCAGCUUCUCAGGACUGGUUUCGUUGCCUCUGAAUCAGCCGAGCGACCAUACGUACAGGUGGUUCUUAAACAGUUCCGACUACCCUGGCUAGACGGGCACAAUAACCCGCCUGCGAGCACCAAUCUGGACAAGCUCAUGCUUCCACCUUGGCGCAUUAGGAUCCUUCAGAAUAAAAGCGAUAUAAAGCUGGUCCUGGAAAUCCACCACGUACUUUACGAUGCAGAGGCCAUGUCUCUUUUACAAGCAGAAAUCCAAUCCGCUUACCAAGGCCGACAAAUGCCACCUCCCGUCUCAUUCAAUAGUUACAUUCAUUUCAUGGAAAGUCUUGACUUGGGCAAGCAAGAUGACUUCUGGCAAAAGCAACUUCAUUUGUCUUCACCCUGCAGAUUGGGUGAUAUGUUACGACCACAAGACAAAAGACCAGUUGGACGCCUUUCCACGAUGGAGCAAAAUGCCGUCGUAAGACCGCGUGCUUUCAGAGAAAAACUGCGCAAGCUAUCGACGACGAGUCUCUCCUUGCUUCAGACCGUAUGGAGUCAAAUACUUCUCUGCAUUUUCCAGAAGCAAGAUGUCUGCUUUGGAACUGUGCUUAGUGGCCGAAAUUUGCCAAUCGAUGGGGUGGAAAGCAUUGUGGGUCCAUGCUUCAAUACCAUUCCUACAAGAGUGAGGGUGAGGCCCAAUCAAUCAGCUCACAGCCUGUGUCAGGACUUGCAACAGACAAACAUUGAAAUUCUACCCUUCCAACCUAGCUCACUUCGUCGAAUUCAGAACCAAAAUGGAAAGGAUGGGAGACCACUAUUUGACACCUUAAUCCUACUACAGCAGAGUAAUACUCAACUUGAAGAGGAAAUUUGGACUCUUGAAGAAGAGACUGGGGAUAUGGAAUUUCCUUUUAUUCUCGAGGUCUGUUUGAAUUUCAAGGAUGACUGUUUGACUUUAAAGCUGCACUCGACCAUUGCACAGGAUCACUUGCUCAAAAGUCUCUUGCAAUGUUAUGAUACGCUCCUUGACCAUGUCGUAACAUUUCCUCACUCUCGGGCAGUUGAUCAUUCCGCAAUCGAUGAGCUUAUGCCUGAGUUUCUUGCGUUUGAGGGACAUUCUGAUAUUGCCUUUGGGAGCGCUGAUAGUGAUUUCCAAUCGAAACACUCAUUCGAAAAACUCUCUGAGACGGAAGAGCAGAUUCUGCGAGUUAUACGGCAGUUGAAGCCAGAGGUGCCCUCACUCGUGGCCAAAGACACAACAAUUUUCCGCCUUGGGCUGGACAGCAUUAAUACUGUUCAAAUUUCAACUAGCCUACGCGAGCUUAACUAUGCUAUCUCGAGUGGAGAUAUCCUCGAGGCAAUGACCAUUCGACGAAUCGCGGAACUGUGCUCGAGCGAGAUCAAGAAUAGGGAGGCCCAGCACAUAAGCUUUGAUCUCAGCAAGUUUAACAACGAGAAUCGUCACAAGCUUUGCGCUGAAUACUCUAUUAAUGAAGCAGACGUCCAAGCUGUGAGACCGUGUACAUCUACGCAAUCAGGCAUUCUAUCCCAGUUUCUCCGCACGAACGGUUCAAUGUACUUCAACACACUUCGACUUGGUCUUAACAAAUCUAUUGACAUUACGAAAUUAGAGAGUAGUUGGAAUAGCGCGGUGUCCUCGCAUGAGAUGCUACGGACAGGAUUUGUGGAAUUGAACGACCCGACACAGCCAUUUGCAAUGGUGACAUAUUGCCCGGGUACCACCGGCCUUCCAUGGUCACGUGUUCAGGGGCGCCCAGCCUCGCGCAGCGCUGCAACCAAUCCGUACCUGGAGGAAUUGACUACACCUCCAUGGCAUCUGACAUUGGUAGAGAAUCAGUCUGGGAGCAUAUUGGAAGUUUCAAUGCUACAUGCACUCUAUGAUGCAAGCUCGCUGGACAUCAUCCUACACGACGUUGCUUGCUUAUACUGGGGUAUGCCAAUGCUACAGCCUAGAAGUAUUGAUGUUGCAAUAACAAACCUUCUCUCAAUGGCCAACGCAGAGAGUUCUGAGAAAUUUUGGUCUAGCAUCAGUUCAGAACUUUGCUCCACGAAAUUCCCCAACCUCAAUAUUUUCAGCAAUUCCACUGAAACAUUUCAUGUCGUUUCUGAACAAUGUGAAAUGCUGCAGUCGGACAUCAAAACAAGAUGCGCCAAAGCCGAUACAACAUUACAAGCAUUGUUUGCUGCUGCUUGGUCGAUUGUGCUCUCCGCUUAUACAGCACAGGAAUUUGUGACCUUCGGCGUCGUCUUGUCUGGCCGCAAUUUUGAAACAGAUCAGGACAAUAACGUUGCUUUCCCUUGCAUUAACACGGUUCCGUUUACACUGAAUGCAUCAGGUGAUUUAGUCGAAACCCUCAAACGAGCCACUAGACGCAGCGCAGCGGUGACGAGACACCAGCAUACAUCCUUGAAUUCCAUAAAGCGAUCUGCUGGAAUUGAGGGCGAAUUGUUUGACACCGUCAUAGCCUUGCAAAAUUACACCUCCGAUGAAACGGUAGAACGACCAUGGCAUGCUUGCGACGAUGAGGCCACCGCUGAAUAUGCUCUCUCACUUGAAAUUUUCCCAACGAACGUGGAAAAAUUUCUUUUCCAGCUUACAUACCGAGAAGACCUUAUGCCCUCACCGCAGGCCUCAUGUAUUCUCACUCAAUUUUCUUGGGCUGUCAACGCGAUCCUAUCAGCUGUUGAAGGCACGACAAGAGACCUGGACACAAGACUCUUCUCCAUUAUUGGUGCUAAAGAUGAAAAGAUAGCUACUGAAGUGCGAUUUUUACAUGAGUUUGUCGAAGCUACUGCAAAGGACAAGCCAAAUAGUCCUGCUUUGGAAUUUGUCACCAGUAUUCAAGAGCAAAAGCCUUCAAGAGAAACUUGGUCAUAUACUCAGUUGGAUUGUUGUGGGAAUCAGAUUGCUCACCUUUUGAUCCAAAGAGGUGUCCGUACAAGCGACCUGGUCGCGGUCUGCUUUGACAAAUGCCCUGAGGCAUUCUAUUCGAUCCUUGGCGUUUUGAAGUCAGGUUGUGGUUACCUUGCAAUUGACCCAAGCGCUCCUGAGGCACGGAAGACAUUUAUCUUGAACGAUUCACGUUGCAAGUUCGUGCUCACUACGCCUGACAAGGUCCACAACUUUCCUCAGAGCCCAGGUUUGUCCAUCAUUGCGGUAGAUGACGAGCAAUGGCGCAACUUGCCAACCCAGAAGCCAGAACUGGCUCAUGAUAUCAACCCUCAAGACACUUGUUAUUGCCUAUACACCUCAGGCACAACAGGCACACCCAAAGGCUGCCUGAUCAGCCAUGACAGCGCAGUACAAGCAAUGUUGUCAUUCCAACGUAUCUUCAAAGGCAGAUGGGAGUCUCAAUCUAGAUGGCUCCAAUUUGCAGCUUUCCAUUUUGACGUUAGUGUCCUGGAACAAUACUGGAGCUGGAGCGUAGGUAUAUGCGUCACUUCUAUCCCUCGAGAUCUGCUCUUCGAGGAUCUGCCUGGAACAAUCAGUGCGUUAAACAUCACUCAUCUUGAUCUCACCCCAAGUUUGGCACGGCUAUUGACUCCUCAAGAAGUACCAAGCUUAUGUCGUGGCGUAUUCAUUGUGGGUGGGGAGCAGUUAAGCCGGGAGAUCUUGGAGACCUGGGGAGAUUCACAAUGUCUAUAUAAUUUCUACGGUCCAAGUGAAGUCACGAUUGGCUGCACCGUUUACCCAAAUGUACCAAAGACGGCAAAACCAACGAACAUUGGCCAGCAAUGGGACAAUGUUGGUUCUUUCGUGCUAAGACCAGGCACUACCGUUCCAGUACUUCGUGGUGCCGUGGGGGAACUUUGCCUUUCGGGCCCUCUUGUUGGAAAAGGGUAUCUCAAUCGACCAGAACUCUCCGCUGAAAAAUUCAUCAUGCUGGAGGAUUACGAAGCUCGAAUCUAUCGAACUGGAGAUCUAGUACGAGUUUUACACAAUAACAGUUUCGAUUUUCUCGGAAGAGUAGACGACCAAGUAAAACUACGAGGUCAGCGGUUGGAGAUUGGAGAAAUCAACCAUGUCAUUCUGAGAGCCUCCUCAGACCUUAAGGACGUCACGACUAUGGUCCUGAAACAUCCACUUCAAAGAAAAGACCAACUUGUCACAUUUUUCUGCACAAGCCAUAAACGGAAUAGAAAUGAUAAGCCAGCUGUUAUCAAGACUCGGGGUGUGGAUGAACUGAUUGUGAAUAUCAAAGAGAGGUGCACUGGUUGCUUGCCAGCGUACAUGGUCCCCACCUAUUAUUUCGCACUUUCAGUCAUACCUCUGACAAUCAACAACAAAGUUGAUCUGAAAUGUUUGAAGGCUUUGUUCGAAGAACACUUCUCACGAUCGGCCAGUCUAACACCAAACGAGAAUGGUGAGGCUACGAGUCAGGAGAUUGCCAUCCUACCUGAAGUUAUCGAGAUUGUGGCAUCCUUCCUAAAAAUUCCAGUCUCUACAAUACAAUCAUCGUCACGGCUUUUCGAGCUUGGAUUGGACUCUGUGUCAGCCAUAGGGCUGUCUCGAGCUUUCAAGAAACGUGGCUUUGAACACACCAGUGUGGCAACAAUUCUCAAACAUCCCAGUGUGGUCGAAUUAGCUCAAUCAUUGAAUCGUGGGAGUCGUGACCAGGAAAGUAUUAUCAAUGUGGCAGAGGCACAGAAGAGGAUUGAGGUGUUUGCUAACACCCAUUUGUCUUCAGUUGCUAAGACACUUGGAAAAUAUGUGGAUGAUAUUCAACUCAUUGCCCCGUGUACUCCUUUACAAGAAGGUAUGCUAUCAAAAGCCGUUGGGAGCUACGAUGAAGGAGAUACUACGUAUUUUUCAAAGUUUCACUACGUGUUAGAUGAUGGAAUCGAUCUUCAGAAGCUGAGGGAUGUUUGGACUCUUGCUGAGCAAUCGAUUGCUAUCCUAAGGACCUACUUUGUUUCUACUGUUGAUGGGUAUGCGCAAGUAGUGCUUCACAGUAACCCCCGGAGCGGAGUUCAGCUGAGGCAACUCCAAAACGGAAAGACACAGUUUGGUGUACUAUGGGACAGAUCUUUUGCCGAUUGGACAAAAAAGACCAAAUCUUUCACCGCAAAGCUUCCAUGGAAGGUCGAUCUAAUUACAUUUGGGAGAAGAAAGUAUAUGUCUUUGCAAUUUUUCCAUGGGCUUUACGAUGGUAUCAGCCUGAACCUGGUUUUAGAGACGAUCAAAGAACUCUAUGUCCAUCCUGAACCGAGAAUCGAAGCGGAAGUGCAGUUCUUCGAUGCCCUUCCCUAUGGGCCUCUCAGCGUGCGGUCAAAGGAGGCGGAAUUCUGGAAUUCGAAACUACCUACCGUAAUGCGACUUAACUUGUCUUCCAAAGGACCACUUCAUGAUGACAAGAAGCAAGUCGUCUGUUUGCAGGAGACACUGACCCAGGCAGGGUUGUCUGAUUUCUGCAAUAAGUUGAAUGUCACCGUUUCAGCUUUCUUUCAGGCUUCCUGGCUGUAUGUUUUGUAUCAGGUGUUUGGUAUCAACCCUACGAUUGGAGUCGUUGUCUCAGGUCGGGCGCUGGCACUAGAAGGAGCGGAGGCCAUCAUUGGACCUAUGUUCAACACCAUUCCCUUUGCAGUCUGCGAUUUGUCGGAGAAGUCGAGUUUUCCUGAGCUUGUCCAAAGAUGCUCUCAAUUUAAUAUUGAGUCAUUGCCUUUUCACCACACUUCACUAAGACAGAUAGCACGGCAUCUUGGGCAGGAUGUUCAAAAAGGACUUUUUGAGGCGUUAUUCGUGUUCCAAAAAGCCCAUCCGAAGAAUGCAAAAAUUGCUUUGUGGCACGAGGUACCAACUCAGCAAAGCUCGCCAGAGUAUCCUCUAAACCUUGAAGUCGAACAAGACGGUGAUCAAUUUAAGUUGACUUUACUGACCAAGCCUGAAUUUGUUGACAGCGAUCACGCUGAGGAGAUACUAGAGAUUUAUCUUGAGCUUGUACGGGAUCUCAAAAUGACUGCUGCGAUCCAGCUUGACCACUUCAGUGAGGAAGUCUGCCGUUCAGAUGGAUUCUACAGCUCUAGCAGCCUUUCUUCCCACACUAGCCUAGACACACUGAGUGAUGUCUCUAGGUGGAGUGAAAUUGAACUGAUGAUAAGGACGGAAGUAGCUCAGCUAGCUUCAAUCCCGGAACAUCGAAUUGGGAAGGACAGUCCAACUAUUUUUGAGAUGGGCUUGGACAGUAUAGAGGCGAUGAAACUCGCCGCCCGGCUCCGGCAGCGCUCUGCGAGAAUACCUACCAGCGCUAUCAUGAAGUCACCUACUGUUGCAGGUAUAGCUAGUCAGAUUGGAGCAAGUGCGCUUAAUCCUCGUCAAGAGGAGCACGGCGGUAGUCAAAUGACUCCAAUUGCGGACAUGCAGGCAUCUUGUUGCAAUAAGCUUCACAAACAAGGGGUUGAAAUCGAAACUGUUCAGAGAAUUCUGCCUGUAACGCCAAUGCAGGAAGGACUUCUUCUGGAGCCAGGGAAAUACUUUAAUGUGCUGGUCUACAGGAUUCGGAAAGAUGUUGACAUCAAGAGACUUCACACUGCCUGGGAAAAUGUUUGUCAGAGCGAAGCUAUCCUCAGGACCCGCUUUGCAAUUGUCGACCAAGAUGCUGAGCGCGAGGAUUUAGUCGUCCAAUACGUGACCAAGAAUUCGACUGGUGUCGGAUUCUCAAACAAUGAAUCACUUUCUGAGAUUAUCGAUCGUAUUGAAACCUCAAAAAGAGAUCUGACUAUUGAGAGCCAAACCCUCCACCUCCAGUUUGUGAACAAUGGAGAGGCUGGUGUGUUCCUGGUAUUCGGAUCUCCGCACGCUCUAUACGACGCGUGGUCACUGCACCUUCUGCACGAGAAAGUUAGCAAAAUGUACCACUCCGUGGUGAAAUCAUCAGGAUAUUCAAAGGAAGUCUCCUACGAACGGCACAUUCAAGAAGUGAUCCGCUAUAAUCACGGCACUGAUGCACAUCAGUUCUGGCAGAAGUACAUGCAAAGGAUCCAACCUUGUAUCUCUGCAGUCCACAUAACAGCUCAGGAACCAUCGAUUGGGCGCAUCCGAGCACAAUGUUCGUCUAACAUCAAGCUUGUAGAAGCACUAAAGUUUUGCCAGGUGCAGGGCGUCACAUUACAGUCCCUUGGCCUCACCAUUUGGACCAUCGCAUUGGCCCAUGUCAGCAAAUGUUUGGAUGUAUGUUUUGGCCUUGUGCUCUCUGGCCGAACAACUGAGAACUCCGAGGAUCUCAUCUUUCCAACGUUCAACACCGUUGUAUUUGCGCCUAAUGUUGAUGGAAAUUGCAAUAAAGUUACGACUCUCAAAGCGGUGCAUGAUACCAUGAUCACCGUUUCUGGACAUCAGCACUUUCCUUUAAGGGAUGCACUUCGAAUUUGGAGGACUCAACAUCAACAAAAUCAACUAUUUGACACUCUGUUCACGUUUCAGAAACUUCCAAUCGCCGACGGACAUUCUCCUGUGCUCUAUGAUGAGUGUGACGAAGACGACAAUGACACCAGUCCACCGUACCCUAUUAAUGUCGAGUUUGAGGGCCACGAGGGUCGUCUAAGGUGGACCAUCGCUGCUCAGGAGGGUCUGAUGGAUCUUGAAUAUGCUGGCAAGCUCAUCAACAUGCUCAACGAAAUUCUGUUGUCAUUUAUACACAAUCCCUCUGAGCAAUUUAUUCACCAUACAGAAGAUGGGGCUUCAAUAUGCGGAUUACCCCCUGUGAUUAUGAAUUUGGAGAAUACUUUCAAAAUCAAGGAACCUGCGGAAACCACCAGCCAGGACAGCAGCGCUACUGCCUCGGGAGAUUGGUCACUAUUGGAAACCCGAAUCAGGGACGUUCUUGCCAAAGUCUCAAAGAUAGACCAGCAACAAAUCUCAAAGUCAAUAGGGUUCUACCACCUUGGUCUGGAUAGCGUUAGUGCUAUCAGGAUCGCUAGUCUAUUGAAGAAGGACGGGGUGAGACUACCAGUGAGCGAAAUUGUCAAGGCACAGACAGUUGAAAAGAUGGCACUCGUGGCCGCUCACUUUGGUGACCUAUCGCAAGAAACGAACAAAUUUCCGAUUGGUAGACGCGACAAAGAGUCCAAGUCACUUUCCUUCGUCAGUCAUAUGGGCCUGGAGCCAACCGAUUUCGAACAGGUGCUUCCAGUCACUGCUGGCCAAACGUACAUGCUUGAUAUGUGGUCAGUCAGCAAAGGCCGUUUGUUUUAUCCAACCUUUUGGCUUCGUCUGUCUGGGACAACAUCUGAGAGAAUUCACCAAUCGAUGAAGCAGCUGACUAAAUCGAUGGAAAUGUUGAGGACGAAAUUCAUCAGAGAUCCAAAGGGCAACAUACUGUCCUUAAUCAUUAAAGAGGCGAAAGUCGAGGAUCAUGACCUUCCAUGGUCAUUCCAUAUUCAGGAACAGAAGCAGGAUCAUUUGCUCACUCUGAAACUCCAUCACGCUUUGUAUGAUGCAGUCAGUCUGCACGUAGUCUUUUCAGAGCUCAGAAACUUAUGCCAGUACAGCAAACAUGAGGUUCGAGUCAAAGGUAACCUCAAGGACUUCAUCUCGGAAACCCACACCAAGAACGAUACGAGGAAAGACUUCUGGUUCAGAUAUCUGACCAAAGAUCAUGAGAUUUUCCCUGUCUUGAGCAAAGGGUCAUUUGAAACCAAGAGGGUGGAGAAGUUUGAUUCAGAGGUGAUGCACAUUUCUCAAUUGCAAGAGACGCUGAGGUAUCAUGGUAUCAGCAUCCAGGCACUCCUUUUCGCAGUUUAUGCCCGGGUAUAUGCUUCGAGACUACCAAGACGAACGGAUGCUGGACACAACCAGAAGCUCGACACAGACGUGAUCAUAGGUGUCUAUCUCGCAAAUCGAUCAAUCGACAUAGACGGCUUGACAGAGUUGGCGGCACCGACUUUGAACAUCGUCCCUCUCAGAAUUCAAACUUCUGGCUCAUCCAUCAUCAAGAUCGCGCAGAGAGUCCAGCGAGAUCUCGCCAAGAUCAGCAGGCCGGAGCACUGCAGCGUAAGCAUGCGAGAAAUCUACGCCUGGACAGGCAUCAAGAUCGACACCUAUGUCAAUUUCCUGUCGUUGCCUGGAAAUGGAAGUGGUGACGAAGAAGGCAAUGGCAGUGAUACACCUGGAAAUUCUGAACAGCCUGACGCGAAUGUGAGUAUAUCUCAUGUCAAGGUCAACGACGCGAUGAGGACCAAGGCUGCCGACAUCGUGGAUACAUCACCAUUUUUCAAUGAUGCUGAGCUACUGAUAACUACGCAUGGCGAGUGGUGUCUGGUAAGAUUUCCCCUUCCUCUCCCUCUCUUGCUGAUGCGUUCUUCAAUAAUGUACUGA